GAACUCACCUACUCAAAGAGAAAUGGCGGUGAUGGAGAGUUCGAAACCAACGGUGGAGAUCAACGGAUUGAGCUUCACGUAUCCUGGAAUCGACGGUCAUCCACCGCCGGGAUCCAAGCCUCUUAUCGACGGUUUCUCUCUCACCCUAAACGCUGGCGAUCGGUGUCUCCUCGUCGGAUCCAAUGGCGCCGGGAAAACAACGAUAUUGAAGAUUCUGGGAGGGAAGCAUAUGGUGGAGCCGCACAUGGUUCGAGUAUUGGGAAGAUCCGCUUUCCACGACACCGUUUUGGCUUCCUCCGGUGAUCUUUGUUAUCUUGGAGGAGAGUGGAGACGUGAUGUUGCUUUUGCAGGAUUCGAGGUUCCAAUUCAAAUGGACAUUUCAGCUGAGAAAAUGAUUUUCGGAGUUGCAGGUAUUGAUCCCAAAAGAAGAUAUGAACUAAUUAAGGUAUUAGAUAUUGAUCUCUCGUGGAGGAUGCACAAGGUAUCGGAUGGUCAAAGAAGACGUGUCCAAAUUUGUAUGGGUCUCCUUAAGCCAUUCAAGGUUCUUCUACUUGAUGAGAUAACGGUCGACCUUGAUGUGCUAGCAAGAGCUGACCUUCUGAAUUUCCUUAGGAAGGAAUGCGAAGAGCGAGGUGCCACAAUUAUCUAUGCAACACAUAUAUUCGACGGUCUUGAGAAGUGGCCAUCACAUAUUGUUUACGUUGCUCAUGGGAAAUUGCAAUUAGCAAUGCCGAUGGAUAAGGUUAAGGAGAUUAGCAAUUCGUCGCUAAUGAGAACAGUGGAGAGCUGGUUGAGGAAGGAACGAGACGAAGAAAGAAAGAAAAGAAAAGAGCGGAAAUCACAGGGUCUCCCGGAAUUGGAAAACCAAACCGAGGGAAGCCGUGUGACAGGGGAUCCUGCCCGAGCCGCCGUUCGUUCACUAAACAAUGGUUGGGCUGCCGGACGGUUGAACUCGACGGUUGCCGGUGAAGAAAACUUCGUGUUCAGCUCAAACAGAGUUUUAAGGCAAUAAAUAAACUCAAACUUGUUUCAUGUUUUUUUAUUUGUUGUUGUAUUUUUCAUAGUUAAGCCCACAAUAACGUGAAUGUUUAAGGGCUAAGCAUAGCUGGCAUUAUAUGAUUUAUCCAUUGUUUGAAGAACAUAAUAUCAGAUGAAAGUUAUGUUGAUUUCUUUGAAGAACUAAAUGAUAAUUUGUUAAAAUAAAUUGAAUAUUCAUGUAAUAGAGGUAUUGACAUUGAAUCUGUCUUAUUAAUAAUAUUUAUUAGUAUCAGUUGGGUUGAUUA